AUGAGCAGCAACACAUCGGAGCCUGAUGAUGGCUCCUCGGCAGACUUAAACGGAUAUGCCUAUUACUCCUUCGGACUAUCCGUCGCAGUUGUUCUUCUCUUCGCCUUAAUCACUUUCCUCUUGUACUUGUACGCCCGCAGAAACGCCACCAUCAACACAUCUCAACUAUCACCAGAUUUCACCCCCAGCUUUCGCUUACAGACCGUCGGAGAUUCGAACCGUCUGCAAGUAGGUGUGGAUGAAGCCACCCUGAAGAGUUAUCCGGUGAUGUUAUACUCCGAAGCGAAGCGCCAUCGGAAGUGUGAUUUGGCGGCCACUUGCUCGAUAUGUUUGGGGGAUUACAAUGAAAGUGAGUGGCUGAGGGAGUUGCCGGAUUGUGGUCACUUGUUUCACCGGAAGUGUAUCGAUAUGUGGCUGAGGAUGAGCCCUUCGUGUCCGCUGUGCCGGACCUCGCCGCUUCCGACGCCGGUUUCAACUCCGCUGGCCGAAGUUGCUGCCUUGGCAAGAUCAGGGGCUUGAGUUUAUUGGAAGGUGUUGUUAAGUUACUUCAAUUAAUAUUGAUUUGUCUUUUUCGCAGUAUUGCGU